UUUCCGUAGACACCGACGGGUUUUUUCUGGGUUCCUCCUGAGCGCGAGUUCUUCAAGCGGGUGUACGUCGUUUGGUAUUUGGAAGAAAACGACACGUGCGACGUUGUUUACAUGUAAAUCACUGGGUCUUCUUUGGAUUUUUAUUUAGAAAUCGGUUGCAGGAAUGGUGUGCCAAAGGAAUAAGAUGCUAGGAGUGGUUGCCUUUUUACUCCUUGCUUCUAUGGUGCUUCUAGCUGAGGCGAACCCAAUUGGAGUAUGUAUAAGGAACUGCGCUCAGUGCAAGAAGAUGUUCGGUCCCUAUUUCGAAGGUCAGCUUUGUGCAGACGCCUGUGUUAAGUUCAAGGGAAAAAUCAUACCGGACUGUGAAGACAUAGCCUCCAUCGCCCCGUUUCUGAACAAGUUCGAUUAGUCCUAUCAAGUCUGGACAUUGGCCGUUUGUACUUACAAUAUUCUUCUUGUAUGUGCCAAGUCAACAUUGUAUAAUUCUUGUAUUGUAUUUAUUAUAUUUAUUGAACAAGAUGAGAUUUUGGCCAUCAGCUUCAGUUUCAUAGAUUUCGGAAAAGUUUAGGAAAAACAGAUUCUGAACGUUUCAAAGUAUUAAAAAAUGUACCUAUCUAUUUUACCUGAUUUGUAGGCAAAUGUAGUUCUGGUCUUAAUGCUCAUCAUUUUUGUUUUGCUGAAAGUUUUUUAUGUUUUAAUUGACAAUACGGGUAUUUUUAACAUAGUAUUAUGAGUAAAUAACACAUAAACAUGACAACAACAUAAAGUAAUUUAUCUGUCUGUGAUUUUAGUUUUAGUUAAAAUGGUAUAAAUAUGUUUACUUUUUUAUACAUUUAUA